CUAUAACCUAUGCUUGUAGUAAUUUAGGUGGUGGGGUUGGUUGGAUGAUUUUGGGUAGAAACUAGUACAAAUAUGAUGGUUUAGGUUUUUGGAUUGUUAUUUGAUUUUUACGUUACGUUUAUCGACAUUGUACGAAGAAGUCAACAUGAAGACCUUUUUAGUAUUGGUGGCCAUCGUAUCGACUGUCUUAGCCCAAGAUACAUACGACGCUAACUCGAAUUAUAAUUUCCAAUACGCCGUCGCUGAUCCCAUUACCGGUGACCAGAAAUCUCAAUCGGAAACUCGUAAUGGAGAAACAGUCCAAGGUUAUUACCAAUUAUUGGAACCCGACGGCAGCUACCGAACCGUGAGCUAUGUCUCUGACCCAGUCGGAGGUUUCCGCGCCCAAGUUUCGAAAAAUGGUGCCCCAGGAGCUCCAGCCAAAAUCGCACCCGUCCCGGCCGCAUCCACCGUUGUAAAAACUGUAGUUCCAGCUCCAGAACCAUAUGUCCCCGCAGCAUCGUCUAGUUACGUAUCUUACGCCGCUUACCCCGGAUACUCGGGUUAUCCUUACUCUGGUUAUCCGUACUCGUAUUACAAUGGAUAUUAUCCUUAUUACUCCGGUUACUAUCCAUACGCGUACAAGAAAUAAAAAUAGGCCGAAACCGAAACCGUUUGUGUAACAUUUUGUGUGAUUCUAUGUUUUAAUAUUAAUUUGUAAGAUUCGUUUUAAUAAAUCUUUUUUUUCCAACUU